CAAUGCAUUUCAGAUGCGAAUACUUUAAUUAGGUUAGCUAUCAAUCAAAGUCCAUAAGUAUGUCCUUGAAGUAGGCAGCAGUGUGCCGUUAGAAUGCCUUCCUUUUUGAUGCUUGGUUUUUUAAUUCUGGCUGGUUUCUUAGUGGCGCAAGCAGCAAUCACAGUGGACUGCGGCAAAAACUCUGUCUCUGUGCGAUGGGUUGAUGCAGACUCUCAAGUGGAUCCAUCCCUGCUCCGCUUGGGUGAUUGUCCUCCAACCCAGGUUUCAGUAAAAUCUCAAGGCUCAGAGGCAGUGUUCUAUGCUGAAUUUUGGGCUUGUAAUAUUAGGAGGCUGGUGACAAACAAUCAGAUUAUAUUUGAGGCUGAGAUCACUUCUCCCACAUUGUCAAAAGCAACACCAAUUUAUUACCCUGUGGCUUGCGCAUAUGAAAGGCCUGAAGACUGGGUGCCUCCUUUGUAUGACCCCCUGCUGUUUCAUACACAUGGCCAGGGAGAUCUGGCCUUUCGUAUAUCACUCAUGAAGGAUGACUUUAGUGGUGUGGCCACUACUACAACAUUCUCACUAGGCUCAACAAUCCCAAUUGCUGCCUCAGUUGCCCAGCAGAACCAUCAACCAUUAAUACUGCUGCUAGAUGAAUGUCUGGCAUCCACAACACCAGAACUGGGUCCUGACUCUCAUGUUUACCCAAUCAUUACCAAUAAUGGGUGUCUUGUAGACAGCAAAAAUACAAACUCAAGGUUUCUGCCAAGAAAGCAGUUGUCAGAGAUCAGGCUAAGUCUUCAAGCUUUCAAGUUUGCCAUUGGAGAAGAUGUCUACCUGCACUGCAGGCUUGUGGCAUGGGACCCAAGUGACCUGGAUGGUGGCAAGAAAGCUUGUCAAUAUGACCGGAUCAGCUCACGAUGGGGACUGAUUGAUGAUCCAUCCCAGAGUUCUCUCUGCAGCUGUUGUGACACUAACUGUCAAGGAAGAAAGAAACGAGGAAUAACAGCAGAUUCCUCCACUUUAAAUUCGGUUAUUGGACCUCUGGUUAUUAUUGAAAACUGAGGACUGGGUCAUACCUUGGAUUUGACAAGAGAUUGCCUCCAAGACACAUUUUGGACAUCCUAAGGGUAGAGCUCCUGUUCCUGUUCAACUGCUGUUUCUUGAGAGUAAUAAACCAUUCUAAAAGCG